CAUACUUACCAACGAUGCUAUCUUCUGAGAUCCGUCUCAAUGCAUCCGGCUUGCUAGCCGUCGGACCCGCUAAGGUGGAACAAUUUUUGACACCAGAACUCGUGAAAUUUGUGAUCGGGAGCAAGAAGACCGAAUUCAAUCUACACUUAAGCCUGGUUUCGUUCUUAUCUACCCGACUUUGCCGUCUUAUCGAAAAUAGCAGGCAGUGCAUCUACUUGAAAGAUGUUGAUGAGGACGUAUUCUCACGCUUCAGUCAAUUUGUCUAUUCCGGAUCAUACCUAGGCUUCGGCUUCGGCGGGCGAGAUGUUUCAAGACUAUCUGACAAGGAUGCAGAAGCUGGAAUCGCAAGGCAAUCCAGCAGUAAAGUGCUGUCGAACACUGAAGACUCACUCUUGGGCAACGAGGGCGCGCACGAGCCACCAUCCUCGUGUCCAAACAGUUUAACGACAAGCAAGCCACAUUCUCUAUUUGGAUCGAGCCUAGUCAGAAGGAACGACGGCGCAUCUUUGGGGUUAUUUGGACAGCCCUUGCGCAGCACAACCCCUAAUCCCAAACAGUCCCCAAUGAAACUUCCCUUUUCCUUCGUAUCUUGCGCCAAUGCCAUAACGACCAAUGUAAGCUGCGCUUAUUGCAGCCAGGACGCGUCGAAGGUACGGGUUCCUUCUAAGCGCAAACAAAUCCCAGCGAUGUGUAGUUGUGAACUACCUGAACAAAUUGGAAAUAAGCAACAGUUCAUUUCCGACUUCAUACGGACACAUAUCCCUACAGCCAAACCAAGGCAGAGUAUGCAAACUAAAAUAACUCCACAUGUUGCGGAUUUCAAGCAUGUUCUAAUUGGACAUGUACGACUCUGCAAUUUCGCUCAAGAAUACGCCGUCAGUUCCCUGAUGGACUUGGCUUGUGAGAACUUGGUCUGGGAGUUAGUGCAUUGGGUCAUGUCUGAGCGUACGUUCGUACCUAUCUUCGGAGGGCUUAUUCGAUUUGUCUAUAGCAGCUGCCACAUCCAAGGAGGAAAGCUGCGUCGAAUUCUGGCGAAUUUUGCUGCCUGCGUGCUUGAGGAUGUGUGUCUUUUAGAGGGCUGGCACGAGCUGAUUACCGAAGUACCAUCCUUUGCUGUGGAUAUGGUUUGCAAGUUGGCGGAUCGCUGCGUUUAGAAUGGAGUAUUUAGCCCGAGG